CUAACAAGCGCCAGAGCCGGCAGGCUGGAGGGCUGGUGGGCACCCGAACCAAGGCAGGGGGACGGCUCCGAGUGGAUGGAUGGCUGGGCAAGGAAGCCCAAAGCCCAGAGCCCAGAACCCAGAGACUAGAGGGCUCGUGUCAGCCGCUGUGCAUGGCUGUCUGUGCAUCCAUCUGGCAUGACGUUUUUGGCACGGCUGGCACGAGUGAUGGCACCAAGAUAGACGCCCGCGGAUGCGGGUGCGGAUGCGGAUAUGCGGAUGCACGCAAAAUGGGAACACGGGACAACUCCAACCAGCAAGGGGGGUUGGCUGACUCUACGUAGUUACACGCCUCUGCUUCUCG